AAAUAUUUGCUGUUGUUGUUGUUGAUGUAAGAUGCAAAAAUAAAGAAGAUAUAACCAGUUUGCCAAAUUUAGAAGAAAACUUUUCAAUUUGCCCUUAACCACAAACGUUGUUUUAGUUGCCAUGGCAACGUGAAGUUAAGCAACAAACAAGGUCAAUUAAAGUUUACACUAAAAUGUUUCUGGAACGAAUUUUUCCAUAUAUUCGACCAUUUAUUAAAUGGUUUCUUCAUGUAUUUACCCGCCUAUGUGAACUGCAGCGGAUAUGCUACGGUGCCAGGUCCGGGGCAAGUAGAACUCGGCAAGUGGAACGAUCAUUGAGACUAUCAAAAAACUCCGAUAUCAAGCGGUUAGUGUUCGAAUUGGAUGAGGCAGCGCCUUUUGCCGAGGACAGGGAAUUGCUUUAUUUUGCUCCACGGGCAGCCCACAUUGUCAUGCGUGCGAAGAGUAUCAAGAGCACCGUACAUCCUGAUUUUGCCCGACUCUUUGGCAAUUGUGUUACCAGCAUUUGGGGCUAUCAGCGGCUUCAACAUCAAGUGGAAGAGCUGCGCGCCGAGAAAUACGAUUCGGAAGAUUUGGAACAUGAACAGAAAUUACUCCAACUUUGGCAGCUUCUUAUGCCCGAAACACCACUCUCCGCUCGUAUAACCAAACAGUGGCAAGACAUUGGUUUCCAAGGCGAUGACCCCAAGACGGAUUUUCGUGGCAUGGGUCUACUUGGAUUGGAGAAUUUACUUUACUUCGCCAGUGCCUACAACGAUGCGGCCAAGCACGUACUUUUGCAUUCAAUGCAUCCCACAUUAGGUUACACAUAUGCAAUUGUUGGCAUUAAUCUCACCUCGAUGGCCUACAAACUGCUCAAAUCAGGAGCCGCCAGAACCCAUUUCUAUAAUCAGGCCGCCUUACAUAAGCAAAACUUUAGUUCUCUCGAAGAUUUUCAUAAGUUGUAUUGCUAUUUGUUCUUUGAAUUUGAUCGAUACUGGCUGGAUAGCGAUCCCCGGGACAUAAUGGAUUUUCGAGAGAUAUAUCAAAGUUUUGAAAUAACCAAACUAGAGGCUUUGCAUAAUGAUAAUACACUCUUUAAAACCAAUUUGAUAGUGGAAAACGUUUAAAUAAAAUUACCCAAAAAAUAUAGAAAUAUUUUAACAAUAAACACAAGCACAAAAUACUUUA